AUGUCUAAUGAUAUUAAUCCAAAAGAAACUGUAAAUGUUCCUUUAGUUUAUCUUUUGCAAUUACAGCAUCUUGCAAUACAAUCCAUUGAAAAAAAGCACCAUGAUUUUUUGGUGAAAAAUAAUGGUAAUAAGGAGCUUUCUAAACUGCCAAAAACUUCAGAGAACAAACAACCAGCAAUAGUUGCUACUAAUAUGAAUAUUUCAAAUAAUGAAGUUUCAAAAAGAGUCGGUGACAUGUGGCAUAAAGAGUCUUUGGAAGUAAAAAUUAAGUUCCAACUUUUGGCUGAUAUUGCCAAAUUAGAGCAUAUGCAAAAAUACCCUGAAUACAAAUACCAACCUCGCCGUCCGCAUGAAAAGAAGAGAAGAACUAAAAGAAAUUGUCAUCUUUCAAUAAAUGAAAUCUCUUCUCGACCAAAUCAAGAACAGAAAACGGGCAUCUGUGAUUUUUCUAAAACAAAGUCAAAAACUAUUCAUGAAAAUCAUUCUCAGCAUGGAGAAAUAAAUUCAGAAAAUAAUAAUGAACUUGUCAAUCAGAAUGUGAACAAAUAUAAUUUCCAGUUAAUAGGCAACAAUCUAAAUUUAUCAAAUGAAAUUUCAGAAAACUCUCAGGAAAUUACAAGAGAUUUAAACAUAUUUAAUUCAGAGUACCUUAAUUAUAAUCCUUACAAUUCUUAUCUUUCACCAUUCACUUAUCUUUUACCUUAUCCAUAUACCUACUUUAUUUGA